AUGGCUGGAUCUGGCGAAGAAAUAAGUGAGGCGGGUGUGCCGACUACUAGUGGUGCUGGUGAGGCUGCGGGACUGGCACCUGUGAUUGAAGUGGCUACGUAUGCUGAAACAGACGUUUAUGAAUGUUACAUACGCGGAUAUGAGUCGCGGAUAGUGAUGAGGCGGACGCAAGAUGAUUGGGUUAACAUCACUCAGGUGUUUAAGAUUGCUCAAUUUUCGAAGACUCAGAGAACCAAGGUACUGGAGAAGGAGUCGAACGAUAUGAGACAUGAAAAGGUGCAGGGUGGGUACGGUAGGUUCCAAGGUACGUGGAUUCCACUAGAGAACGCAAAGUAUAUGGUCAGCAAGUACAAUAUCCGAGAUCCGGUUGUCAACAGGAUUCUGGAGUUUAAGUUGGAUCCACAGAAUCCGCCGGUGAAGCGGAGCAAGAACAGUGUGUUGAAGAGAUCUUCGCCAAACGGGCGGAUCUCUUCGCCGUCGAGCUAUAACAAGACACCGAAGAAGAAACAGUAUCCAAACUCUGCGGUAGCUCGGAAGGUCAAGAAAACGGGCACGCUUCUGCAGCCGAACCCGAGUCCGUUGCAGAAUUUAGUGUUCCAAACGCCGCAGCAGCCACGUCUGAAUAGCCAAAACGCCAACGCUACCGUUUCUGCGUCAACGGAUGGUAAGAAACACCAAUCGCACUCGGUAGAUGCUCCGGUGACAAUGGGUUAUUCUGCUACUCAGAAGCCUCUGCAAUUUUACCCGGUGCCCACCUCCAUAUCACAUUCUCAGAAGCAGCCUCGAAACAGCGCCGCUUUUCAUCAUCAAGGCUCGGAGGUCCCGCAGUCAUCAUUCUUAACAUUCAUACCGGAGGGGCCUACCUCUGGAACGCUGGCAUCCGGUGAUCAAAACCAAACGGUGCCAAAUAUUAUGGUUAACGGCUCCCUGAAGCAGCCAUCGAGGAAAAGGAAGAAAGUUAGAAAAUUCAGUUCUAUGUCAGCUAUAAAGAUUGAACCCAGCGGUAUGCAGGAUAAAGCUCAGCAAAAUUUCAAACUGAUGAACAGGCAGAUGUGGCAGAAUGUGAGCCCUAACGCCUCGCACCCAAAUCCAAUAAAUACAGGGAUCAGUAACACUCAUUCUAAUACAUCAUCGCUGGAAAUGUUUUCAACGCAGGAAAAUCCGACUCCGAUGUCAUCGCGCUCUUCGACGCCUCAUCCUUUUGGCGGCAUACCUACCGCUCCCUCCACGGCUGUCGAGAACGAUGAUGUGCUAGAAAAUGCAGAGAUGCAAUCGCUUUCCGUGGCGGAGUACAAGGAUGCCAUCUUGCAGGUCCUCUCAUUAGAAGAUGGGUCUGAUAAGAACUAUUCGCUGCCGCCCCAGAUGUAUCACCCUCCAUCCGACUUUGACAUAAAUUUCCUAAUCGAUGAUCAGGGCCAUACGCCUCUACAUUGGGCCACUGCCAUGGCGAACAUACCGCUAAUCAAAUUGCUAAUCGCUUUGAAUGCCAACGCUCUGCUGUGCAAUUCGAAGGGCUUCAAUUGUAUCACCAAGUCAGUCUUCUACAAUAAUUGCUUUAAGGCUGGCUCAUUCCCCGAGAUUGUGUCCUUGCUAAGAAUUUGUCUCAUUACGCCUGAUUCCAACGGGAGACUUCCAUUACAUUACUUAGUGGAAUUAAGUGUCAACAAAUCAAAAGAUCCCAUCGUGAUUAAUUCUUAUAUGGAUACUAUCAUUCAGAACUUAGGUCAGGAUGACUCAACGCUUUUGAGAAUGUGUCUAAAUUUCCAGGAUAAUUUGGGAAAUACGAUACUGCACUUGGCUGCUCUCAAUCUGAACCUGGAACUUUGUAAUAAAUUAUGCUGCCUGGGUUCUUCCAUGGAUAUUACCAACUAUGAAAACGAGACUCCAGCUUCCAUACUUGCAAAAUUCAAUCUAGUACCGCCAACGACAAUAGCUCAGGCUUUCAGUCCGCGGACAUCCAAUAAAUUACCCUUAUAUUCUGAAAUGCCGGCGAUUGUACCAGCUGACGGGAAAACAGCUCCAAGAGAUCUCGCAGAGCAAACUGCCCCUGCUCUGUCGCCUGUUGAGAAUCUGGGAAUUCUCGGGAGAACACCUCAGAUAAGGCUCACCCCAGCAGGACCGACGAAGAAGACCAGCACAAGGAACUUUUUGUCGGGUACAGAUUCUGCCACCUUUACCACUUUAAUGGAUGAUCUAUCUAAUAUAGAUUCAUUUGUCACAUCAUCUGCGAUAAGAGAUGUGAAGACGACUCCCUCAAGGUUGUUAGAGAGCUCGCCAAUCCUAUUCAAGAAAAGGCCAAACACAUCUGCAAUGCUGCCGCCACCAAGCUUCAAGAAAUUCGCUAAGUUAGCAGAGGCCAUGGAAUCCCCACUGGGUCCUGUGACAAUGUCGCCCCUACCUGGCACCGCAAACGUAAAGGAAUUGAACGAUGUUCUGAUGGCGGCAGAUAGGCUCAAAGACGUCGCCAAUACUUUAGUUGCAUCCGUCAACACGCAGGCAAAUUCAAUUGCUGCCGAGGUGGAACGUACAGAAAAGAGCAUCGCACAAAUGAAAAACAACCUCGCCAAGACUAAAAACAGCGAAAAGGAACUGCUGGCUCAGUUUGAUGGAUCCGAAGGAACCGGAUCCGUCGAUGAUCUAAAAAAAUCCACCCUUGGCCUAAGACAGCUUGUCGAAGACAGCAAGCAACAAUUCGUCCAAUGUAUCGAGAGAUCACAGGCUUUGAAUCUAGCCUCGCUGGUGCAAGACGAAGAAUCCAAGGUCAAUGACGAUUCUUCUCAGUCGCCUUCAUCCGAAAAAGCGCAGCUUGAGAGCACAAUGAAACACGCCAUCGAGCUGGCUUUCUUGCAGCUACGGAGACGUUCUACGCUAUCCAAGAUUAUUGACAGCAAAUGCAGAGUGAAUACUUCCAAUAAGAUCAGCAAAUACAGACGCUUGAUAGGCAUGGCGGUCGAUAACAUCGACACCAAACUCGAUGAGAUAGAGUUAGAUCUACGGACUAAUGCUUAG